GUCGGUCUCUCGGCGUGUGCGUGAUCAUCUCGCCACGACAGAGCAGCGAGGCCACCGAGGCGACGUAGCGUACACAUGGCGAAGUUUGCUCUCGGGCACCACAGCGAGGCCACCGACGCCGGCUGCGUCCGCGCCGUGCUCGCCGAGGCUGUGCUCACCUUCCUCUUCGUCUUCUCCGGCGUCGGCUCCGCCAUGGCCGCCGGGAGGCUGGCCGGCGGCGCCGACACGAUCAUGGGCCUGACGGCGGUCGCGCUGGCCCACGCGAUGGUGGUGGCCGUCAUGGUGUCGGCAGGGCUUCACGUCUCCGGCGGCAACAUCAACCCAGCCGUCACGCUCUCCCUCACCGCAGGCGGCCACAUCACCCUCUUCCGCUCCGCGCUCUACGUGCUCGCGCAGCUGCUCGGCUCCUCCCUCGCCUGCCUCCUCCUCGCCUUCCUCACCGGCGGCGCGGUGACCAUGCCAGUGCACGCGCUGGCCGCCGGGGUUGGCGCGCCGCAGGGGGUGCUCUGGGAGGCCGUGCUCACCUUCUCGUUGCUCUUCACGGUGUACGCGACCGUCGUGGAUCCGCGACGGAGCAUCGGCAACCUGGGCCCGCUACUGGUGGGCUUCGUCGUCGGCGCCAACGUGCUCGCCGGAGGGCCGUUCUCCGGCGCGUCUAUGAACCCGGCACGUUCAUUCGGGCCCGCGCUCGCCUCAGCGAAUUGGGCCAGUCAGUGGGUCUAUUGGGUUGGGCCGAUGAUUGGUGGGCCGCUCGCGGGGCUAGUAUACGAGGGAUUGUUCAUGGUCCGGCCCGGCCACCAGCAGCUUCCCAGCGAUGGCAACGACUUCUAGUUGAACAGUGAUAUUCACUUUUGCUCUACACACAUGAACUGCUUGAUGCGCUGCAUGGUGUGAAAAUCGUCCAGAACUCGUCAGCUGUGUAGCAGAGUUCUUUUGUUGUUUGAUUUGCAGAAGAACAUCUCGCCGCUAGGUGCUUUAUUUAGAGAAAAUAAGAGUCAUGUUGCGUGGCAAGUUUUCAAAAUUUCAGAAUAUCUAUUGUACCAAGAUCGUAGCUCAUGAACUAGCUGUGCGUAGCGCUCUGUUAGGGGAUGACGGUUGUGAGGUGUGAGUUGACCAUCUACACAGUUUAUACUAAACAUCUGUGCUAAUGAUA